AUGGCGGACGCACCUUCUUCCUCCGGCGAGGGCGCAACCACAACCCUCAACAUCCUCUGUCAGAUUCUGCCUCCUCCUGGGCGAUACACGAUGGAGAAUCUGCCUUUGACCACAACUGUAGGCCAGCUUCGGGCCCGCAUUUCCGAGACCUUCCCCGGAAACCCUCAUCCAUCAACUCAACGACUCAUCUACCAAGGCAAGGCACUCCUUGACGACAACGUCACUCUUGGAGGCUUUCUGCCGUCUACAAAUGACUCUACUCACGCCCUGCAUCUCGUGCUGCCACCACCCGAACCAACUCACGCGCUAGCUUCUGGUGCCUCCCAGCCAUCGUCACAAGCUGUCUCUGAUCGCCUACGUCCACUUCAGGCAAGACCAUUUGCUACGGGUACCCCGGGUUUAUUCGGCAAUUCUGCAGCGAAUCCGAGUCCAUUUGGGCCCAACCGUACAGCUGGCUCAAGCUUAUUCGGACCCAACGCAGCUCAUUCAAGUGGAUUCGGAUCCAAUGCACCGGCUGGCUUGAGUCCAUUCGGACCCAACACAGCUCAGCCAAGUGGAUUCGGCCAUGCACCAGCUGGCUCGAGUGUAUUCGGACCCAACGCAGCUCACCCAGGUGGGUUCGGACCCAAUCGCCCAACCGGUUCAGGAUUCCAGCCACAGCCCGCGGCAACGGAUGACGACACCAACCUCCGUCUUGCUAACCUGCGAAGCCAAACCGAAGAGAUCGAACGGCAGCUGGAGCGUGGUCUCCUAGCCUCCUCGAUGCGGCAUAUCGUCAACGUUCGGACGGAACUUCUAGGAAUCCAAGAUGCCCAAUUCAACAGACGGCGUCCGCUGCCAGAGGUUGGAGCAUUGAUUGCACGUGUCAUGGACGCUUAUACUCGUGUAUGCCAACUGGAAAGCAUGCAACUUCGGGAGAGAACAUCAACGAGCAGCCAUAGCCAUGCCUCAGCCAAUCUUGAAACCAAUGCUCAAGGUCGCUGCAUAGUCAAUUCGUCGGUUUCCGAAAACCAUAGCAUCUUUAUCAUGACUGGGCCAGGUGGAAGCCCCCAGGUCAUCCUGGCCCCAGGUGCACAGUUGGACGGAACAAUUUAUCUGCCAGGCGCACAGUUAGACGGAACAAUUUACUCGCCACCUGCAGCAGCAUCUGAUGCACCCGUCCCUCCGCAACCUCCUCAGAACGCAGCAAUAGUCGAGAACGUGUUCCGCCAGGGAAUGCCGAACCAACAGAGACGCGGUAACAAUAUCGAACAAGCCGGCUUGGCCCGCCACAUGAGUCGCAUCUGGCUAUUCGUACGUCUUUGGUUCGUCUGCUACUUAACUAGUGAGCCUGGCACCUGGAGACGCUACAUCAUGGUCGCCGUUUCUUUGUUGGUCACUCUCCUGUCAGAAACCGAGAUCCCUCAGCAAAUCCUGCGAGCAGUUAUCACCCCUGCACAGCGUCAUCUCGAGGCUUUGGCCCGUGUUGGUGGACCUGCAGACCCUGCCGCAACUGCCAACGACCCCCGUUUUCAGGCAUUCAGUAUGCGGGAGCAGCUACGCCGCAUAGAGCGGUCUAUUCUUCUCCUUUUGGCUAGUGUAGUCCCCGGUCUUGGUGAGCGGGAGGUCGAGGCACACUAUGCGGCCGAGCGUGGCGCCGAGCUUCGGCGUCAGGAGCAGGAGCAGGCACAGGCCCAGGAGCAGCAAGCUCAAACUACGGAGGCCGAGGGCUCUGCCAACUCCGCUGCUCAACAGGAGGCUCCUGCGUCGCAGCCUGAGCCAACUCCCGCCCAGAAUUAA